AUGGAGGAAAAAGAAGAAUUCCCAAUUCCUCCACCAAUUGCUUACUUCAUACAAGAUGGUGUCUUCAUAUGCUUGGUGUACGUUGCAUUAUAUACAUUUUUCACAUAUUAUGGUCACUAUUUUUCAUUUCUCAAAAGAUUUACUCAAGAGAAGCAAAAGAAAUCCGAUUUGUUAGUUAAGGGUGAUCCAAGUAGUGACGACUAUGAAGAAGAAAUUGAAGUUCCAAUAAUUACAGAUAAUAUCGAACCUGAAAUUCAAUUUUAG